AAUCGUGGGUGCGCGCGCAGCCGCCGACUGCAACCGACCGCCAGCGGACGGUUCUCGGUGCGCGCUUCGUUUCGUUUCCCUCAGCUCUUUUCUUUCUUUCUUUUUAAAACGGACGUUAACUCCCGUACCUGCUCGUUGAGCUGAGGAGGAGGAGGAAGAAGGAGGAGGGAGGAAGGAAGGAAAAAAAAAGGGGGUCAACAAGUGUCUGAAUGAUCGUUCGGUUCGGCUGCCGCGAGCGCAGGUUGUGGCGGUGAGGAACCGCCGCCUCUCGUGCUGUGCUGUUGCCGUGACUACAAACGGGAGACAUCUACUACACAUUGGAAACGCAGAAGAAAGAUGACCACCCCAAGUAAGACUCCACCCGGUGAAGAUCCAAAGCAGUUGGAAAGAACUGGCACAGUGCGAGAAAUAGGCUCUCAGGCGGUUUGGUCCCUUUCCUCUUGUAAACCGGGAUUUGGUGUGGAUCAGUUGCGUGAUGAUAAUCUGGAAACCUAUUGGCAGUCAGAUGGGUCUCAGCCUCAUCUUGUCAACAUUCAAUUCAGACGAAAAACAACCGUGAAGACCUUGUGUAUAUAUGCCGACUACAAAUCUGAUGAAAGCUACACUCCAAGUAAAGUCUCUGUCAGAGUGGGAAACAACUUUCAUGACCUAAAAGAAAUGCGGCAACUAGAACUGGUUGAGCCCAGUGGCUGGAUUCACAUUCCUCUUGCUGAUGUUAACAAGAAGCCCAUCCGCACCUUUAUGAUACAGAUUGCUGUGCUGGCCAAUCAUCAGAAUGGAAGAGACACUCACAUGAGACAAAUUAAAGUCUAUACUCCAGUGGAAGAAAGUUCAAUCGGCAAAUUUCCCAGAUGUACCACAAUAGAUUUCAUGAUGUACCGCUGCAUUAGGUGACUGAAAAUCACAUUGAAUGCAUUGGACAGUACAUUGUUUUGAAACGUUACAAGCUGUUCAAUGUGGCUUGAAUUUUUUUAGUGUACAUAUCACGUAGUUUGAAAAUGGUUUAGUUACACCUAUAAAAUCUUUUAUAAUGUAUUGGUUUAAUGUCUGAUCAGAAUUAUUGCACCUGGGGUCGCUAAUUUGGAGAUUGAGUUAACCUUCUGCAAAUACAGAUGUUUUUAUUAAAAAAAAUAAAACUACUCUUGAUUAUAAUAAUUACCAAUCAAUGCCAUGGUUAAUGGAAUAAAUGCUGUGCAAGUUAAAGAGAAUUUAAAUUGGAAUGCCACACAUUGCCACUAUGCUGUUUUUAGAUAGCCCCAGAGUUCUUCUGGGAUGUCUUGUAUCAUCUAAAUAAGGUAAGCCUGAAUCAAAUUUGGUACACAAACCUACUUUGGGGGGAGAUAUUAUGAUAUCAAUAAAAGCAAAUGCUAAGAAAA